AUGUCCAGGAAAUCUGAAGACCAGCAAGAUGCUACCUUGGAUGAACACAAAGUUCAUGAAAUUCCUCUUGAAGAUGAAAGCACCCAGAGCACUGCAAGUUUGGGGAGGCAGACUAUCCGAAAGCAGAGCAAGCUUGAGGACUGGACCAGCCAAGAAGACAACAUGCAAAGUAGCAGCUCAGGAUAUCCCAAUAUGAAGAAACCACAAAACCCCCAAGAUACUGCCAGUAGAUGGUCAGGGCAAGGUAGAAGAAGACAAGAAAACCCAAGUUGGACCACAGAGAGGUACUCCUCAGGGAUACCCAAUCCAAAGUGCCACCGACCCUGGGACUGUUCCACCGAAUGCCAAGACCCAGAAAGUACAAACCCUUACGCUGACCUAGUGCACUGCUUACGUGCUGCCUGGAUGACAGGAAAGACACAUCCAAAAGAAUAUCGGAUCCAUCAACUGGAGGCCCUAUGCCACUUUCUGGAUGAAAGGCAGGCAGAUAUCCAGCGUGCCCUGUGUGAAGACCUACACAAGCCCUGCUUUGAAACUGAGUUCACAGAGGUUUUGUUGGUCAGAAAUGAACUGGCCAAUGCUCUUAACAACUUAUGCUGCUGGAUGAAGGAUGAAAAUGUGCACAAGAAUCUAAUGACACUGAUGGAUUGUGCCUUCAUUCGCAAGGAUCCAUAUGGUGUGGUGCUGAUCAUUGCACCCUAUAACUAUCCUAUCCAUUUUACUUUGAUGCCCCUUGUGGGUGCCAUUGCAGCUGGGAAUUGUGUGGUUCUCAAGCCUUCAGAAUUAAGCAGCUGCACCGAAAGGCUCCUUGCAAAAGCAUUGCCUUGUUAUAUGGAUCCACAAACCUUUGCUGUGGUGACAGCUGAUCCUGAAGAAACCGAAAAAUUACUGGAAAAUAAAUUUGAUUAUAUCUUCUAUACAGGGAAUAACCAUGUAGCAAAGAUCGUCAUGACCGCUGCAGCAAAACAUCUCACACCAUUGACUCUAGAGCUGGGGGGGAAAUGUCCCUGUUAUGUGGAUAGGUGCUGCAAUUUCCAGAAUGUAGCCAACCGAAUUGUAUGGGGAAAAUGCGUCAAUGCUGGACAGACAUGCAUCGCACCAGAUUAUGUGAUCUGUACAGUUGAAGUACAAGAAAAGUUGUUGCCUUGCCUGCGCCAAGCUAUCUGUGAAUUUUUUGGCCAUGAACCCAAGGAAUCACCUGAUUUUGGCCGCAUGGUCAAUGACGCGCAUUUCCAGCGUGCCCGAGCUUUGCUGGAAAGUGGCCGGGUGGCCAUUGGUGGAGAGACCGAUGAGAGUGAGCGUUAUAUUGCUCCCACAGUGCUGGUGGAUGUGAAAGAGUGCGAUCCAGUCAUGCAGGAGGAAAUUUUUGCACCCAUCCUGCCAAUAUUCAUUGUGAGAGAUAUGGAAGAAGCCAUAGAUUUCAUCAAUUGCAGAGAACGUCCACUAGCUGUGUAUGCCUUCUCCUCUGACUCCAAGGUUGUGAACCAGGUACUGGAUCACACUAGCAGUGGUGGCUUUUGCGGUAAUGAUAUUGGCAUCCAUGCAACAUCGAUUGCCCUACCAUAUGGUGGCAUAGGACACAGUGGCUUUGGCCAAUACCAUGGCAAAUUUUCUUUCGAUACGUUUACUCACUUACGUGGCUGUCUUUUGCGCUGCAUGGGCUUGGAGCUAAUGAACAAAAUGCGCUAUCCUCCGUACAGCAAUAAGAAAUUGAGAGCAAUAGUUUGUGCUAUGGAGAUCAGGCGCCACUGGUUGUGA